GCUGUAACGCUGCCCGGCAUUUAUUCUGAUGUGGCCUCCGGCGGCAACUAUUAUACCGACGCCCCGGAGAACACUGGCAACAUCUUUCUCCGUAGUCCGCAGCUCACCGACCUGGAUGGUUCAGUUGAAGGACGAUAUCCCCAGACCAUUACAGACCGCACCAUGUUCGAUGUCACUGCCUCGUACGUUGGCCAGGUGUACUCUGAUCAGGACUUCAUUUACCAGGUUGAGACGCAAUACAGCCCGUACAUUUGCAACCAGCAGCCCUUCACCCUCAGCGCCGAUGACUCCCUUCUUGCUGGUGGCAUCGCGAUCAGGGACCUUGUCGUUCAGUACACUUUCCAGGGCGAGGAGGUAUCUGGCGGUAUCCUUGCCUGGCUGCCCUCUGGUGUCAAUGCCGCCCAUGCUGCUGACGCCAGGGCUGCAGCCAUCUGCCACGCCGGCGGCGGACAGAACAAUGACGUGGUGGUCGUGGUGGUCGUGGUGGUCCUCGUCCGAGCUAAGUCUAGUCUCCGUUUAUCCACAUUGAUAUUCCGCAAUUACCUCCGAGGAUACGUCGUCACUGGACUCGGUAUAAAUGUUGGGUAA